AUGACAACAACGUGGUCAAAAUUAAUUUCCCGGGCUGAAAAGUUACUCGGAGGUCCCUCACCAUAUAUUAAUUUAGGGAAUAUAUUAUCUUCUGAAGCUGGUUCUUUAGCAUCGCGAGCUCGACGACUGGCAGGAAAUGUUAACCAUCCAUUUUUCUCAACCGUACGCUCAUGUCUCCGAGGCAGAUAUGUUAACAACUUAUUUUCUAUUUCCUCUGCUAUAUCGGAUCGUUUUUCAAAAUCUGUAACAUCUGAACGUCCCUCUGGUGGGCUAAUUAUACUUCUGGUUGGCCAGUCAUAUGCUAGUCCCACAAACUCAACAAAAUUGUGUAGUCAACAUCGCAGUAUCUCGGAAAUAUUCGAGACUGUUCAUACUGCAGUAGCUAUUCAUAAGAGUUUAGUCAAUUUAAAUGAUUUGAAUCAAAACACUGAUGAUAAUGAAACAUGGUUGAAAAAUAUGGAAAUCUGCAAUAAAUUGGCAACUUUAUCUGGGGAUGUUCUACUUGCAUCUGUCUCUACCAGCUUAGCUAAAUUGCAUCAUGCUAACGUUGUUAGUGUCGUGUCCGAAGCCAUUGGAAAUAUGAUGGAGGCUGAAUUUCACGAGUUAGCUAUCAAUUUAGAUGCAUCAAAUACCAAUAAUUACAAUCAUUAUGUUGAAAGUAGUAUUGAUAUCAAUUCAAAUGUAACGUCUAAUGAUAUAUAUGAGUUAUCGAAAGAAAAAUGGCUUUCUUUCGUGAAAUUAUCACGUGGUGCUCUUUUGGGAAGUUGUUGCGAAGCUGCUUUAAUUCUUACCGAAAAGCAUAUAUCUAAUCUGCCUAUUAUACCAACAAAUAAAAUAUACCCAGAUUGGAAUAACUUUUUCUCUAUUGCAAAGCGUUUUGGAUCAACAUGGGCUUGUUUAAUACGGUUGACUGAAGAGAGGGAACAUAUUCAACGUACUUGGUCUACAAAUCAAACCACUGACGCAUAUUGCUCUAUAAAAAAGGAAAUGCAAUGUAUGAAAAACAAUAUGUAUAGACACCAAACAGUUAUUCCAUACUAUUCAGAAUAUGGUUUAAAUGAACCAACAUUUGCAGAUGCUCUGCUACUUUCUUUAUCUUCAUCAAAAACGCACUAUAAGCUCGUCGAUGUUAUUGAUGAAGUCCUAUCAGAAUAUAAUCGAAUUGGACGUGAAUUAGCUCAGAAAUUACGUGAAUCCUUUGACCAGAUGGUUUUCAAUGCAGAACAAUUCAAUAUUGUUAGUGAUAACAAUAAUUCUAUCCAUAUAAAAGAAACUAAUAAUUGUUCACCUGGUAUACAAUUGUUAGGUGAAAUGGUAGACAAACUUAUCAGUGAUUGUAAUUGUCCUUCAUGA